AUGGCAGUAGAGGGGAUCCGGGGGGGGUCUUCGGGGGUCGGGGGGGCGUGGCUCGGGGUGUGGCAGAUAAAGCCCAAAGACACACUAUUUACGCCACUGCUCUCCGGCAAGAGUGGAGUGGGGAAGACUGCUCUGGCUGCACGUCCCAACAUGCACUAUGAAACCACAGGUAUUGAGACAACGGUGGUGUACUGGCCGGUAAAACUAAGAGAAAAUGGCAGAGUGCUUUUCUUCCGUCUGCAGCGGUGGGACUGUGGGGAGAAUGCCUUGCGUAGAUUCGACCAUCUGCUGCCGGCCUGUAAGGAGCAGGUGGACACCGUCCUCUUCCUGUUCUCCUUCACUGACAGGACCUCCUUUGAUGAUCUGUCAAACCAUAUCGCUAAAUGGACCGGGGCUCCUGUGGGUCGGUUUGUGAAAUUGGUGGUUGGCACCAAAUUUGACCUUUUCAUGCACUGUGACGUGGCAGAGAGAGACUUCCAGGAGACGUGGAGCGUACCAGUGCUGCGUGUGGACCUAUCAUGCUAUAUUUGA